CAAACAGCAGAAAAACUUCCAAGCAGCUUUUCAAACUUUAAAGAAGUCGGAAGCAAACGGCGGAGCAAAGGUUCGGCAUGAAAAAGCCGCUCCUAGGAAGUAACGGCUAGUUGGAGACUUUUGGCCGUGUCCAGUUUGGGUCGGGCUGCCGGGAGGUGAACCGAACUCUAACGAUGCAUGUGCUGCAGGCCAACGGAUCCAUUAUGGACCUGAGCUCCGACUGGGUGAAGGUUAAAGCCCACUACCGAGGGUACAUGUUGAUCACUGACAUGCCAUCUUCAGUGAGCUUCGUGGAGCUGUGUGAGGAAGUGAAAACAAUGUGCAGCGUUGCUAGGCAACAACCCAUCACUCUGAAGUGGAUCGACGAUGAAGGAGAUCCUUGCACCAUCUCCUCUCAGAUGGAGCUGGAAGAGGCGCUUCGGAUUUACAGCAGAACCAAGAGAUCUGGACUCCUGCUGCAUGUUUUCCCCAGCAUCCCGGAGCGGCCAGGCAUGCCCUGCCCAGGAGAAGACAAGUCAAUCUACCGCCGCGGCGCCAGAAGAUGGAGGAAGCUCUACCGAGUGAACGGACACCUUUUCCAGGCCAAGCACUUUAACAGGAAAGCCUACUGUGGCCACUGUGGUGAGCGGAUAUGGGGGCUGGGCGGGCAGGGCUACAAGUGUAUCAGCUGCAAACUGUUGGUCCAUAAGCGCUGUCACAGACUCCUUCCUCAGACCUGCCAAAGGCUUAUGGAUCCAGUCAUGCCAUCGCAGGAGCCCCCUUCAGACGCCAGGAGUGAGGAGGUGGACCUUCCACCGGACGAUGCAGAGGACACGGAUGGGAUAUCUUUUCUGCCACACAACCGUGCGGUGGAUAAACGGGAAGAAACAGAUACCGAGGACUCGGACCUGAAUCCCCUGCAGGACAUCAAAGAUGUGGUGGACGGCAUUGAUGGCAUUAAGUUGUCGCAGGGCACCACUCUAGGUCUGAGUGACUUUGAACUGAUCCGGGUGAUUGGGCGAGGAAGCUACGCCAAGGUCCUACUGGUCCGGCUGAAGAAGAAUGAGCAAAUUUACGCCAUGAAAGUGGUUAAAAAGGAGCUCGUCCACGACGAUGAGGAUAUCGACUGGGUGCAGACAGAGAAGCAUGUGUUCGAGCAGGCGUCCACCAAUCCAUUCUUAGUCGGCCUCCACUCCUGUUUCCAGACAGAAAGUCGGUUGUUCCUGGUGAUCGAAUACGUGAACGGCGGAGACUUGAUGUUUCAUAUGCAACGACAGAGGAAGCUUCCGGAGGAACACGCCAGAUUUUAUGCUGCAGAAAUCUGCAUCGCGCUGAACUUCCUUCAUGAGAAGGGCAUCAUUUACCGAGAUCUGAAACUGGACAACGUUCUGUUGGACCACGAAGGACACAUUAAGCUCACGGACUACGGCAUGUGCAAGGAGGGGAUCAGACCAGGGGACACCACCAGUACUUUCUGUGGAACCCCCAACUACAUCGCACCUGAGAUCCUCAGAGGAGAGGACUACGGCUUCAGUGUGGACUGGUGGGCUCUGGGUGUGCUGAUGUUCGAGAUGAUGGCUGGAAGAUCUCCGUUUGAUAUUAUUACAGACAAUCCUGACAUGAACACAGAGGAGUACCUCUUCCAAGAAAUCUGCAUCGCGCUGAACUUCCUUCAUGAGAAGGGCAUCAUUUACCGAGAUCUGAAACUGGACAACGUUCUGUUGGACCACGAAGGACACAUUAAGCUCACGGACUACGGCAUGUGCAAGGAGGGGAUCAGACCAGGGGACACCACCAGUACUUUCUGUGGAACCCCCAACUACAUCGCACCUGAGAUCCUCAGAGGAGAGGACUACGGCUUCAGUGUGGACUGGUGGGCUCUGGGUGUGCUGAUGUUCGAGAUGAUGGCUGGAAGAUCUCCGUUUGAUAUUAUUACAGACAAUCCUGACAUGAACACAGAGGAGUACCUCUUCCAAGCAGCAGAAAUUCCUCCAUACUACACCGUGACGCACUUCGCCUCAGCUGUGACCCCUGCCAACGGAAACCGAGCCGUUGACUAUAAGAGCCACCCACCAUAUGCCACCAAGAUGGACCUGGUGCCAGGGCUGGAAAAGAAAGAGAUGACGCCGCCCUUCAAACCUCAAAGCUCUGAUGAGUUUGGCUUGGAAAACUUUGACACGCAGUUUACCAACGAACCAGUGCAGCUAACGCCAGACGAUGAGGACGUAAUCAAGAGGAUAGACCAGUCAGAGUUCGAGGGAUUUGAAUACAUCAACCCCCUGCUGCUAUCAGCAGAAGAGUCCGUAUGAAGGAGAGAGCAGCUUCCUCUUUCGCCCACCUUCUGUCUGUCCAAGCAGCCGUCCUCGCCGAAAAUAAAACCACCAGAAGCCAACUGUGGAAGGCAAGGAGGACGCCCAACUCACCGCAGGAACGUGAAGGCCAACAAACGGGAGAGAUUCCUGCCUGGACUAUCGGAUGGUUUUACCGAGUAGCAGACUCUCCAGUCUGUCUUAGUUUUUAGGUGGAACACAAACCCUGGACUACGAGGAUGCCCCGGACCUUCUGUUGUCCUCUUCCCUUCUUUUUCUUUCUGCCCUUUUCCAUCCUUAAAUCAAAGCACGACCAGCUCUUUCAUGCCUGAACAGAAACCUGUUAUUCUGUGCCUGCCAUCAUCAAAACAUCUCAGCCCAUCUUACAUCCUGGGAUGAACAGGAGAGUUCUCUGAAAGAUGAUUUUAACUGCACUUUUUCUUUAUUUCUGUUUUAUAUCUUGUAGAUGGGGCCACGCCUCAGACCAAGCAAGAAUGUACGAUGACAAAAUAAAAAAAAAAAUUAAGUUAUUAUGUAUUAUAAUGUAGGAAGAAAAUCCUAAAUUGACAAUGCCUUUUAAUGAUGUAAAUGACACAUUCUCAUUGGCGCCACCAGGUUCUUUUUUUAAUCUUUUCUGAUCGUCUGUGACUAAACGUGGGACGCUAACGGGGAGAUGAGUUUUAUUGAAGAAGUGCCUCAAAGAUCAAAUUAAUUCUGUCUCUUAUUGCUCCAACUACACUUCCUUAACCCAUCAUGGCGUCACUAAACCCAAACAAAGACCUCUUGCUUUCAGUUCAGACAUCAGUGGAACCCUUCGGAGGUGAUUGUCUCUCAGGAGAAUCAGGACAAGACCAGACGCAUAACAUGAGAGCUUUAUGUGUCCUUAAUAUGUAAAAAAAAAAAAAAAAAACUUGUUUACUAAGAGGUUCUUGUGGGGAACAGGUGCUGUUCCGGGCCUUUAACUUACUGCCAGCUGAAAUCAGGUUUCCUGGAAAAUGGUCAGUUUGUUGGAAGAAACAGAGCACUCUACUACUUCUAACGGCCUUGGUGUUUGGGCCAAGCCCAGCUCGUUUCCGUCCUCCAUGGCAGUAGGGACCUAUCGCAUAUUAUGUCUCCAUCUCUACACCAAGGCUGUUUUUGCUGGGUAUGGAUUUAGUUUAGAGCUCCUGUAAUUGGUUCUUCCUAAAGACUGGGCUAUGGAUCCCCCAGUGGAACACAAAACCCCAAGGAAGGGUGAAAUGGAUCAUGACCAGAUACAACCUAAGGUGAGCUUGAUCUGGAGGAUGUGUGGGCUUUGCCUUAAAGAUGGCAUUAGGAGCUGUUUCACCUGUCCAGGUGAACCAAUGAGGUCCAUCCAUCUGAUCAGGGUGCUUCCUGGUGGGUCCCACUGGGAGGAAACCCCAAAGACAACUCACACUCAUCCAUCCAUCCAUCUUCUGCUUAUCCAGGGUCGGUCACGGGGGUAGCAGAUUCAGUAGGGAGACCCAGACAUCCCUCUCCCCAGCCACUUGGGCCAGCUCCUCAGGGGGAAUCUAAAGGCAUCCCAGCUGAGAAACUAAAUAACUCCAGCGUGUCCUGGGUCUCUCCCUUGGCCUCCUCCCGGCGGGACGUGCCCUUAACACAUCCAUCGAGACGUCCAGGAGGCAUCCUAACCAGAUGCCUGAGCCACCUCAACUGGCUCCUCCUGACUUGGAGGAACAGCUCUACUCUGAGUCCUCCCCCGAUGACUGAGCUCCGCCCCCUAUCUCUAAAGCCGGGCGUACACUGUGCCAUUUUUUUUUCAAUUGUUGCACCCAGCUACUGCUCACACUG